CUCUCUCUCGCUCUCUCUCUCUCUCUCCCUCUCUCUCUCUCUCUCUCUCUGCCUGCCGGAGUGCUGGAAUGGUUACUCUCAGAGCAUCAGCAACAGAGAGCGAGUGAAGCAGAGACGAGGACAUUGGAGUGGAUUAUUUGGCAUGAGGAGUGGUUGACAACCAUGUUGGGAGUAUAAGAGAAGACGAGGGAGCACGAGGGACUAGAGAGGAACAAGAAUGGAGGAGGCGAGUGUGUGUGUGUGAGAGGCAGAGCGGGGAUUUAAAACUCGGAAUGCACUGACACUGGAGACCUGAGUUUCUGUUUGCGUUUGGCACAGCACAUCCUGUUACUCCACAGGUUUGUCCACACACACGCCGAUCCGCGAGCACACACACACUGUUUGCUUUGGAGGAUGAGCCCCGGAGGCCUGGCCUGGAGAAGAGAACACCUUCCAAGGAGCUUUUAACAUCCAACCCCCCCCCCCUUCAGCUCGCCUCCCUCCCAGCUUCCCAAAAGCACCCUCCCUCCCUCCCUCCCUCCCUCCGGCCCCAUCAGCCUACCUGUACCAGUCACAACACGCUGGAGCUGGCGAGUCACAUUCACAGAGGGCUGAGAAAUCCCGGAUUGCCCACGGGACACAGCUGUGGUCGCCCUGCCUGAGGAAGAGACUGCUGCUGCUGCUGCUGCUGCCGCCGCUGUCCUGCAGGAUGUCCAAAGCCUCCCGGCUGGCCCGGCCCCCCUCGGCCGGGGUCGGAUCCAAGCUGCCCUCCCCCAGGAAGGAGUGCCCCGGCGCGGACGCGGCGGCCGGCAGGGCCCGCGUGCUCAGCGUGGGGGAGAAGCUGAUGAGGGCGGGCAGCGACGCCGUCCUCAACCGGCAGAAACCUUUAGCGGCCGCUGCGCCGCGGGACAAAUCACCGAGCGAGACCCAGGCCCCCAACCCGGGUCCGGCCGAGAGGGGUCAGAACAUGGAGACGGUGCUUCCCAAGAGCAGGAUCAGCCCGCCCAAAGCCUCCAGCCAGCAGCAGGGCACUGUGCACAAGCAAACCAAAAGUAACCUGAAGGUGACGUCCCCGGAGGACGCCGAGCACGCCGGCCGCAGGCAGGCCUCCCCGAAUGGGACGCCCCCGCCGCGAGGCGACGCUAAGGGCAGCCGCACGGUGCCCCGCAGGCACACGCUAGGCGGGCCGCGCGGCGCCCGCGACAUCCUGGCCAUGCAGCCGCCCGACAUGGACAAGAAGCGGGAGGCCUUCCUGGAGCACCUGAAGCAGAAGUACCCCCACCACGCCUCGGCCAUCAUGGGCCACCAGGAGCGACUGCGAGAGCAGUCUUUGCAGGCAUUGCUUUCCUCCUUUCACUCUGAGCUUGACAUUCAGGGGUAUCUGACGAAAAUCCAAUUGCCCCACAGAAGCAGAAGCCCGAAGCACGGCCCCAGCCCGCAGCCCUGCAUCGGUGACCUGGUUGACCAUUUGUCCUUGGCCUCCCUGGAGUCGUUGGACGCCAUGUCUGAGGCUGAUGCUCCCACAGCGUUCACCCGCGGCAGCCGGAUUCGUGCCAGUCUGCCGGUGGUGCGAUCCACCAACCAGACAAAGGACCGCUCACUAGGCGUGCUGUACCUGCAGUACGGGGACGAGACCAAGCAGACCCGCAUGCCCAAUGAGAUCACCAGCAUCGACACCAUCCGAGCCCUGUUCGUCAGUGCCUUCCCACAGCAGCUCACCAUGAAGAUGCUGGAGUCGCCCAGCGUCGCCGUCUACGUCAAAGACGACAUGAGGAACAUGUACUACGAGCUCAGCGAUGUCAGGAACAUCCAGGACCACUCCUGCCUGAAGGUCUACAACAAAGACCCGGCGCAGGCAUUCAGCCACGGGCCCAGACCUGCCAACGGCGAUACCCGGAUGCACAGUGAGAUGGUGCAUGCCAGUCGUGAAGGACAGCACCCCCUGAGACAGCCCCCCAUGGUUACCCCACCCCACCAUCCAAUGCAGGGAGCGCUGUCCCCGACCCCCCACUCCAUGCCCCCCUCGCCCUCCAGGAUCCCAUUUGGCUCACGGCAGGGCUCCGUACCCAGCACCUCCACUAUGCCAAGGGAACGGAUUUCCAACGCCAACCCUUCGGUGCGCUCCAUCUCGCCCUGUCCCAGCGCCAUCCUGGAGAGACGGGACGUGAAGCCCGAUGAGGACAUGGGUGGGAAAAGCCACACGCUCGCCAGGGGACAGGAGGGGCUUUACGCAGAUCCGUUUAUGCUCCAGGACGGAAGAAUGACCAUGUCUGCAGCCCACGGACCUCACCCCAACCCUGGGUUCGAUGGACAAGAACACGGCAUGGGGGGGUUUCAUCGUGCCUCCAUCCGCUCCACAAGUUCCUAUGGUGGACCAAGCCCCACAGACACUGUGGAUCACCCCUCUCUGUUCAGGCAGAAGUCAAGAAACAGCCAGCUGCCUACUUUAGGCUCCAAGACUCCUCCCCUGUCCCCUCACCGGAUGGCUGAGGUACGGAUGAUUGACAUCCACGGGGGGCCUCCUCACGGCAUGCCCCCUCAUGGUGUUCCCCUGGAGAGAGGCUCACCGGUGCGCCAGUCCUUCAGGAAAGAGGAAGUAACUGGUACCAAGGCCCGAAACAACAUGGGCUCACCUGUGAUGCCAGACCUGCCAGGUAACGUCCAGGGGCCCGUUCCAGCCGCCGGUGACCCGACGCGAGAGCGAAUGAAGGCUAUGGAGCAACAGAUUGCCAGCUUGACUGGCCUUGUACAGCAUGCACUUUUAAAGGGGGCAAACACUAGUGGCACCAAGGAGCCUCUAAGCGAGCGGCCACCAAAGACAUCGUCUCCAGCCCACGGUGGACAUAGCUCAGGUGGUUCCCCAGUCCUGGCUCCUAAGACCAGUGCCGCCCCUCCAGACAAGGGCACGGUUCCUCUCAAGGUCAACCUCCUGCAGUUCAGGAAGAAUGUUUCUGACCUCAGGAUGCAACUUCACCAGAUGCGGCAACUCCAGCUCCAGAACCAGGAGGCGCUUCGCUUCCAGCUGAAGCGAGCCGAGCAGGAAAUCGGCGUUAAACUUGCAGAGGCCAUGCGGCGUCUGGAGGACCCAGUCCAAAGGCAGAGAACUCUGGUGGAAGAGGACCGGCACAAGUACUUGGGCCUGGAGGAGCAUGUCCUUACACAACUCAGUGAGCUGGAGCAGUUCGUAGGAACUCUGCAGAAGGACUCGACUGCGACACACAAAGUCGUGACCCUGAAGGAUGUGGAAGAGGGAGCAGUGACUCUGAGGAAGGUGGGGGAAUCUCUGGCAGGGCUCAAAGGAGAGUUCCCAGCCCUGCAAACCAGGAUGAGGGCUGUGCUCAGGGUGGAGGUGGAGGCUGUGAAGUUCCUGAAGGAGGAGCCUCACAAACUGGACAGCAUGCUGAAAAGGGUCAAGAGCCUGACUGAAAUGCUUGGCAGUCUGAGAAGGAGCGCUACCGAAGGGGCUCAGAAAGCAUCAGACCCUUCUGCCCAAUUCUCAGUGGAGAACAGUCCUCCACCAGAGGUCCCUGCCGAAGCCGCUCCAGCAGUAGUCCAGGGUAGUGCCUCCCCAGCCCCACCUGAGCCCCAGAGCUCCACCAUCAGAUCAGAGGUGAUGCCCUCCUCCCCCAUGGUCAUUCAUCAUGUCCAGAGCUCCCCGGUCCACAUGCAGCAGUCCCAGCAGUCUGCAGCCUUGACCACUCAGCCCAGUCCUCCACUCACUCCCAGCCCCACUCAGGUUCCAAGUCCCAACCCAUGCAAGCGGCAAGGCAGGGAAUCUCCCAAAGGAGGCGCGUCAGAGUCACCCACAUUUCUUAAGAAGACACAUGGGAACCCAGUGAACAAUGGCAACGGCACUGCCAGUCAGGUCCUCGUCAUAGAGGAGCUGCAGAGCAGUCAAGACAAGAGCAAGAGCAGAGCUGUGUCCAUAGAGGCAGCGGAGAAGGAGUGGGAGGAGAAGAGGCAGAACAUGGGCCAUUACGAUGGGAAACAGUUUGAGAAGAUCCUCAUCGAGGCCCAGGCCAACAUGAUGAAGGGCAUUCCCAGUCUAGAGGUAGACGAGAACCCAGCAGCGCCUCUUACUGCCAGUAGAGAACAAGCUAACAUCCAACAUCUUGUGGAGGCAGCUACAACCUCAGAAGAGCCCCAGUCUGAGCGUCACUCAGACAAACCAGCCAAGAAGGGAGCUGAGAAGCUUCCAAAGCCUGUGAUGGAGAAACCAGCCAAACCCGUACUGGAGAAACCCUCCAAGACUGCCAUGAAGCCAGCACUCACAGACAGUCUUACCAAGCAGGGCUCUGACAAGUCUAACAAAUCCCCCCCACCGCCUCCGCCAAGGAAAACCUAUUCCAGUUUGAGCUCAGGCAUGACCACCACCCGCUCUGGAGAAGUGGUCUACACCAGCAGGAAGGACUCCGUCUCAGCUCAGGACGGUGAAGAGGAAGUCUUGCCUCCCGCACCUCAACCCAAGCCUGCCAAGGUCCCACCAGAGACCAAGCCGAAGCCUGCUACCCCUCCCCUCGUUACUGCCUCUGUUACGAAUGAAGAGGAGGAUGAAGGGGACAAGAUCAUGGCAGAGCUUCAGGUUUUCCAGAAGUGCACAGUUAAAGAUGUAGUGGUGAAAAAUUUGGUAGAGCCCACCACUCGAAUUGAGCCACAAAUCAGAGAAAUAAGACCCGGGGCCUUGUUGCCCCUCAAAGAGAAAAAGCAGAGUUCAGAGCCCAGUCAGGAGGUCAAAGAUCCAGACACUGACGAAAAUGGAAAUACCACCAUGAGACAAAGCCAAGGGGUCAUUUACUAUGUAACCGGUCAGAUUCACAAAGAUCAUCCAUCGCCGUCAGGAACCGACGAGUCCCUUGAACAGCGAGAGCCUGUACAGCCUUCAACACAGGUGUCAAAUGUCAAUGUUAAUGACAUUUCUCCAAGCCAGGAAAAUCACCAGCAGCCACAGUCUCCGUCAGUCAAAACACCCCCACCAAUAACGCCUCCGCCUAUAUCACCGAAGCCUGUUGGACUGAACGGCAUCAAACUUUACAAGAAAAACAUGAAACGCUCGGAGUCCUUGAAGACCAGUGCAGAAAUGGAGAAGGGAAAGAUCCUAAACAAAAUUAACACAGAAAAGAAAAGCAAAACCUUUCAGGAGCAUGUUUCUUCCAGUAAGAAUAAAAUACCUGACCCUAUGAAAAUCACAAAAGCCAGUGUUGUAAGAGAAGCGGCUAAAAGCUCUGUUGCUUCGCCUAAAAAGGUUUUGAGCGAGGCCAGUGAUCCACCGAAGGAGGUGUAUGAUGAGGGUUAUGACGGGGCGAGUCUUAGUCCUGACUUACCUGGAGAAGAGGCCCCUCCACCUCCAGACAACAUAGCCUUCAUGAUCACCAACACCAAGGUUCAGGCCCUUUCUUGUGGCGAGUACCAGGAACUUGUUAACGCCAAGAAAGGAAGUGUCCAGACAGUUACUGUAGGCGCUGCCACAAACAGAGGGAACUCCACAGUGAAUUCCAAUGCACUGCCGGAUAACGGCCUCACCAAGAAGCCCGUCAUCAUCAUUUUUGAUGAGCCCAUGGACAUCCGGUCCGCUUACAAGCGUCUGUCCACGAUCUUUGAGUGUGAGGAGGAGCUGGACAGGAUGCUCGCGGAGGAGCGCAUCGAUGAGGAGAGCGAGGAGUCGGACUCUGAGAGGAGCGGUGGGCCGCAGGAGAAAGCUAGCGAGACGGACUCGACGGACGGCACAAAGGCGGGUUCUUCAAAGGGCGCCGCUGACCACGUUAGCCUGUCGUCCUCGUCCUCGUCUUCAAUAUCAGAAAGCGGGAUAAACUCGGAGUCAAACGGAGACGGCAAGCAGGAUAGUAAGAAGAAGUUCAAAUUCAAGUUCCCCAAAAAACAGUUGGCGGCACUGACCCAGGCACUUCGCACGGGAACCAAGCCAGGGAAGAAGACUCUACAAGUUGUUGUGUAUGAAGACGAGGAGGAAUCGGACGGAACCGUCAGGCAGCAUAAGGAAGCGAAGAGAUUUGAGAUCACCCGCACGAAAUCUUUAACGGAAACCUCCAAGCCAACUGGAAUUUUGAAGAGGCAGAGCUCCGAAUCCGUCUGCAGGACAGACGAAAUUCGAAAGAGCACCUACAAGACCCUGGACAGCCUGGAGCAAACCAUCAAGCAGCUGGAGACCACCAUCAGCGAGAUGGGACCACGCUCUCCCGACGAGCCGGGUUCUCCGGAUGCGACUGCGGUACCAAAAGGGAAAACCUCGGAUGGAGUGGGCUUGAAGAGGUCUUCCUCUCUCCCUGCCUCCAGAGGCUCCGGUCCUAUGGUCCCCAGCAAAAAGAAGACUAAACCUCAGCUUCUUCCUCGCCCUGUAGUCAUCCCUACUACCAACCCCACCAGCUCCUCCACCAUUGUCCCCAGUGCCCCCAGCGCCGUACAACAGAACACCAGUGUCGCUUCCCCCACUAGUCGGAUGCCCGUCCCUCUGUCUGCGAAGUCCAGGCAGUCACCGAGUACUACUGACAAAGCAGGAAAACAGCAAAAACUGCAGGACGCUCAGAGGCAGUUCCGACAGGCUAACGGAAGUGCUAAAAGAGUGGGAGGGGAUCAUAAAACUUCCCCCCCUACUAUACCCAGCUCUAAAAUCCCUGCUUUUAAUCCUAGCUCUACUAAAGGCAACCCCCAGUCUGCACAAAACUCAGAUGCUACUAACCAUAUUAACCCUUCCUCCUGCUCCUCUGUGACAAAGUCCUCCAUCCUGUCCUCUCACACCCCUCGCUCCAGCUCCCUCCCCUCCUCCCACAUCCCCUCCCUGUGUAACGGAUCCCUCAAACUCCACCCCGCACCCUCACAGCACACAGGUAAAGUUCUCUUGUUCUCCUCGCAGACUCAGAAUGGUCGAGUGCACUCCUCCUCUUCAUUCUCCUCCUCCUCCUCAUCCUCUUCCUCCUCCCCCUCCCCUCUGUCGCCCACACCUUUGGGCCCAGGUGGAAAGAGCAUCCGCACCAUACACACCCCCAGCUUCACCAGCUACAGGUCCCACAACGGCAGCAGCGGCAAAUCCUGCAUCCCAACAGCCACAGCAGCUAAGGACACUACUUAGCUUCAUUACAGCCUCUCUGGCUUUACCUUAUAGCAGGUAGACUCAUAUUUUAUUUUAUUUUAUAUUGUUUUGGUUUCCUGUAUUUCUGUUUUUUUUUUUCUAAAAGUAUUCAGCUUUUCGCUCCCGCAAUUCAUGUCUGAUUUGAUACUAUCAUUCUCACACAGACAAUUUUGGCUUAGUUGAGUUACAUUUUCAUCAUUUUUACCACACUCACUUGGAUUUUUGAUUCUUCGUUGAAGGUGUUCUGACAAAAAAAAAAAGAUUUUAUAAAGAAACUAAACAAUCUAGUUUUACCACAUUGUAUUUGAAGUGGAAGACUCAAGGUGUUACUUCUGUAUCUCUUGCUGUAGCUAGAGCUCUGUGUUCACUCACAGGGAAUGUAGAGGUGAUGUACAAUCACAAAGUAUCAUGUAAAUAUUGUGUUUUAUUUUUCCAAACAAGAGAUUGAAUAACCAUAGUAUAUUUAAUCCUCUAUGUUUCUUACUGUAUGUUGCCAGAUAUUCACCACAGCCCUUGUAAAUGCCUUUUAUGAAUGUAUACACAAAGUAUACAGACAUUUAAUAACAUGAACUCAUUUUAACUUUUGUUUUUUACGAGUAUUUUCUCAUUCCUCCCUCGUUUUAAACUGCCGAUUAGUUUUACAGAUAUGUAAUUCUAGUACCACCACUUUGACAAAUACAGUUUUUCAUUUCAUGUGCCUCCUUGCCAAAGUUGUUGUACAGUGACCCACUGUAUGUCAGGCCUAAUUUAGUCACAGGAUCUAGGGGAAUUAACAUGCUCUCUGUUAGUGUGAUGGUUGAAGUGCUGACCUCAGUGUUUGUACUGCUGGUCUCGGUUUGUUAAAUUAAAAUAUGUUGUUGUCUAAUUGUAAACUUUACUAAAAACAAAGCGAUGAAUUUGUUUUACCACGUGUAAAUAGAUGCUUCUACUAAGAAUACGAGUAGUUUUGUUAACAUACCAAAGUUUAUUUGUAUGCAUGCCUUUCAAAUGCUUUAGGAGAGUGGUGUAAAAGAAGAGUUAUGUUUGCACAGAUAGAUUUUGUAAAUAGUUGUUUUUCUCUCCUUUUGUAAAGCUUUAAAUCAUACUAUAACGGAGCUAUGUGGUCAAGACAACACUGUGUUGUAGUAGCAUAAAUAAAGAUUUGCAUGCCUGAAA